AUGCUUGGACUUGGCCCUGGCUGCGCGCAGGUCCGUGGAUUGGGCAUCUGCAACCUGGGACUCCUGACGAGCUCCCGUGACAAGACGAUCAAGCUAUGGGCUGAGGACGGCAACUGCUUUACCGUUGUGCACACGCUGGUGGGGCACACGGGCUAUGUAGGGCCCCUGGCGUUCAUCAAGCCUGGCGUGCGGGAGGACCUGCCCAAUGGCGCGAUCGUGUCAGGCUCGUUUGACGCCACUGUGCGGCUGUGGGACCCUGUCUCCUCUCAGGAGAUCGCGGUGCUGCGGGGACACCAGUACCAGGUCACCGCGCUGGGCAUCCUGCCCGGGGGUGACGUGGUGUCCGCAUCUGUUGACAACACGAUCAGGGUGUGGCGCGGCACUGAGUGCAUCGGCACCCUGGAGGGCCACAGCAAGCCGGUGCUGUCGCUGGCGGUGACGCCGGAGGGCGAAAUCCUGUCGGGCUCCGGCGACACCACUAUCAAGCGCUGGGCCGGCGGCAAAUGCGUGCAGACGUACACCGGUCACACUGACACAGUCAGGGCGCUCUGCAUCCUGCCCGGCGUGGGCUUUGUGUCGGGGUCCCACGACAUGUCUGUGCGGGUCUGGGCGCUCAGCGGGGAGACGCUCGCAGAAGCCUAUGGCCACACGGCGCUCAUCUACACCGUGGCGGCCACCCCGGGCGGCCUCAUCGCAUCCGGCUCUGAGGACAACACGCUCCGCCUGUGGAGUGCGUCCGGCGAGGCCAAGCUGCUGCUGGAGCACCCGGGCUGCGUCUGGGCCGCCGAGUUCCUGCCAGACGGCGACCUCGUCACCGGCUGCGCGGACGCGGUGGCGCGCGUGUUCACCGCGGCCGAGGCCAAGCAGGACGUCGAGGCCGCGGCUUCGCUGGCCAAGCGGCUGGAGGAGAUCAAAGCCGCCAAAGCGGCCGCCGAGGCGCCUGCAGAGGGCGCGGGUGGGGGCGACGCCGCGGCGGCCGCGGCGGCCGCUGCUCUUCCGCCCGGGCUCAAGGUUGACGACGCCCUCGUGCUGACCAACCCCGGCGCAAAGGACGGGGAGACCCGCGUCGUGCGGGAGCCGGACGGCGCCGUCUGGGCGUACGGAUGGGACGCGACGAAGCGGCAGUGGGAGCGCAUCGGGGAGGUCGUCGCCGCGCCGGAGGCCGGCACGAUCAGCGGCGGCGCCAAAUCGCACCUGGGGCGCAGCUGGGACCACGUGUUUGACGUGGAGCUGGACUCUGGGGCGAAGCUCAAGCUGGCUAUGGACGCCCACGAGAACCCCUACAUCGUGGCAGACAGCAGCGGCGGCGCGGCGGCGGCCGCGGCGGCGCCCGCGCCCGGCCUGGCGUACCUGCUUUUCGACGCGCCGCCGCCGGCGGGGGCGCUCGGGAAGAAGCUGCGCGAGUUUAGUAAUCAGCUGGCGGGCGACGGUGAAGUUUCGCACCUGGUGCUGACGGCGGAGGAGGAGGCGCCGGGAGGCCCCCUGGACGGCCUCCUGCAGCGCCUGCCCGCCCUCGCCUCGGGCGCUGCCGGCCCCUUGUCCCCCGCCGACGCGUCCCUCGUAUCCCGCCUGCUGCAGUGGCCCGCCCCGCAGCUCUUCCCCGGCCUCGACGUCGCCCGCUGCGUCGCGCUCGACCCCGCCGCCGCGCCCGCGCUCGCGCUCGGCAGCAUGCGCGAGCCGCGGCUCGGGACGCUCGCGUGCGCGCUCGCGGCGGCCGCGGUCGGCGACGCGCCCGCGGCGCGGCAGACGGCGCUGCGGCUGGCCGCGAACCUGUUCAAGCGGCCGGAGAUGCGGGCGUGGGCGCUGGCCGAGAGGGAGCUGGUUUUGGACGGCUUUGCGGGCUGCCACCGGCCCGAGGCCGGCGGCAGCAAGGGCGUGCGCCUUGGAUACGCGACGCUGCUGCAGAACUACGCAGUCGCGGCCGCCGACGCGGCCUCGCCGUUGUCUCGGGACCCUGAGGGGAAGAUGCAGGUGCUGUCGUGCCUCGAGGACCUGCUCGGGCAGCUUCCUGCUGACGAGGCGGACGCGGCGGCGCGCGCGCUCGGCGCGGUUGUUGCGCUGGCGUCUGGGGACGCUGAGCUGGCGGCGGUCGCGCGGGACCUGGGGCUCGUGGCGGCGGCGGCGCGGCUGGCGGCGGGGGGCGGGAAAGCGGCGGCGGCGGCGGCGGCCGUCGCGCGCACGCUCGGUGGAUGA